AUGCGAACAAUACCAUCAGUAGUACCCCUUACAAAAGAUAAUAAACGACUUGUUGGUAUGUCUGCUAAACGUCAAGCAGUAACAAAUCCUCAAAAUACAUUUUAUGCUUCAAAACGUCUGAUUGGGAGAAAAUUUAAUGAUGAAGAAGUUAAAAAAGAAAUGUACUUCGGGCAUACCAAAAGUAGUGAGAGUGACAUUUUAAUACCAUAUAAUAAGCUUUAA